GGUGACCCCUGUAGCGAUAAUAAUUACAGACAUCUUAGUGAAAGCGAUCGCACAGUGAGUUCUAGGACAAGUGAUAUUAAAUGUGACGCUGGCGACCUUGACGGUGGGUGGGAAUCUUGGUACAGAGUGUCAGGAGGUGCUGGAAAUGCUUUGGCAGCUGUAACAGCCCCUGCAAAGGGCUAUUGUGGAACAAAAGUCCAAGUUUAUCUCGCUCAAAGUCACCCUAUCCCAAGCGAAGGCAUUGUCCAAAGGAAAGUAUGCGGCCAUACAGGGGCUAAUACCUGCAAUAAUCCCCAAUCCAUAGAUGUUGUUAACUGCGGUGCUUUUUACUUGUACAAGCUUGUUAAAUUCAGGGACUGUAACGGCAACGGUAAUGGAUGGCGUUAUUGUACCAACGGGGUACAAGGUAAGUAAGUAGGUAAUUAAUUUAAUUCAUUUCUUGGUUAAUUAAUUAAUCGAGUGAGUAAGUAAGUAAGAAAAUUAAUGGGUGAGUGGGUGAUUAAGUGAGUAAGUUAUUAAGUGAGUGAGUGAGUGAGUAAGUAAGUAACAAUAACAGUAAUAAAGAGGUAUCAGUCUGUUUACAAUAAAGGUCUUUAGUAUGCAAUAAGGUAAAAAUAACGUCUAAGUAUAAUGAUUCACGCAAAAUUAAAUAAUCAAACGUUUUCUAUCAAGUUACAUUUUCAGUAAUUUUUUUGUAUUUUUUAACAUAAGAUUAUAUAUUUGGCUACUAAAUUUUAUCAGCUUCUGCACUCUAAUUUUCGAAAGCUGUCUUUCUCAGAGAUAUCAAGCAGUCCGUAUAAACUCUGUUUUAUCUAAUAAAUUACCAGCAGCGCUUACCAUUUGCACGGAAAUUUCGGUAAAAAAGUUCCGUCAAAUGAUACUGUUUUUUUUUUUUUUGGCACCGAAAACAGGAACGGGAUUGAGUUGUACCAUGUACCAUUUACAAAAGACCGGUAAAUUUUUUACUUUCUCUCGACAUGAUGCCUGGCUCUGGUAAUCCAAACAGAUGGUGCAGAAAAUUUAAUUUCGGUCGUUUCGGUAAGAACGGGAAAAAGGUAAUACCUCGAAAGGUAUUACUUCUUUCCGGACAAUUUCCAACGGGAUGAAAAGUUUCAUUUGAAUUCUCCCCGGAAAUUCCGGGUUUUCCAUACAAAUGGUAAGCGCUCCUGAGUAGUCAGUGGUAUACCGUAGUGAGGCGUUCUGGCAGCAUUAAUUACUAUUCAGUAUUUAUGUAAAUGACCUACCAAAUAUUUAUCAACAUUACUCGACCGAGUGCUACAUGGAUGACACCAAGCUUCUCCUGUCUUUUACUGUGAAUUACUCUACUCUUGCUAGAGUGCUAGAGAAGGUGUUAAUUCCGAUUUACAACGGAUACGCAGCUGGUGUUUCGAUAAUUGCUUGGUGCUUAAUCCCGAUAAGACGAGACUGAUUGCUUUUAAAAACGAUUUUCAAGGGCCUCUAUACUAUAAAUAAGCCCGGAAAACCCGAAUGAAUUGUAGAAUACAAGUUUAUUGUUUGAUUUAAAUUAUAAAUUUAUUAAUGGGAGCUUCGCUUUUAGCCCUGGCUAAAUCUAUAUGUUAAUAAAUUAGCCGGGGGAUUUAAACCUAUUAGAAAACGAGAAAUACUUUAAAUGAAUAAUAACACGAAAAAACUGUGGAUGUUAUAUGGAUGUUAUAAUAAUAGAAUAGUUAUAAACUUCCGUUUUUUUUCCUUUAGAUGACAAAUGUGCUGGUGCUAAUUGUCCCGAUGGUCAAACCUGUUAUCUGGCAGACAACGGCAAUGGUUAUGAAUGUACAGAUGGUAGGGAAUAA